AGGCGGCGGGCUCUCGCUCCUCUUUUACCGCCAUCCGAGCGGAGUGUGUUUCUUCCUCCCCGCACCGCGGAGCGACUCACUGCGCAGCAGCACCCGCCUCGACAGCAAUUACCGCCGGCCACAGAGCUACGCAUUACUUGAGACAGCUAAGAUGGCAGACAUUGACAACAAAGACCAAGCUGAGAUGGACCCGGCAGAUAUGGAAGAUGUGGAGGAUGUAGAAGAGGAGGAGACUGUAGAAAAUUCAAAAAGCAAAGCUCGUCAGCUGACAGAGCAGCUCAUGCAGAAUCCACAAAUCCUGGCUGCACUACAAGAGGGUCUUGACGGCCUUAACGGUUCACCAUCAGGGUACAUUGAGAGCUUACCAAAGGUUGUUAAGCGACGCAUCAACGCCCUCAAGAACCUGCAGGUGAAAUGUGCUCACAUCGAGGCCAAGUUCUACGAAGAAGUGCACGAGUUGGAGAGAAAGUACGCCGCGCUUUACCAACCAUUCUUCGAUAAAAGAAGUGACAUUGUCAAAGCCGCGUACGAGCCAACAGACGAGGAGUGCGAAUGGAAAGCAGAUGAGGAGGAAGAGCUGACAGUAAGUAAGCAGGAUGAAAUGAAGGAGAAGGCCAAGCUAGAGGAAGAGAAGAAGGAUGAAGAGAAGGAGGACCCCAAAGGCAUUCCCGAGUUCUGGUUAACGGUGUUCAAAAACGUGGACCUGCUAAGUGACAUGCUGCAGGAACACGACGAGCCCAUUCUCAAGCAUUUACAGGAUAUUAAAGUGAAAUUUUCAGAUCCUGACCAACCUAUGAGCUUUGGUUUGGAGUUCCACUUUGAGCCCAAUGAAUUCUUCUCAAAUACAGUUCUGACAAAAACAUACAAAAUGAGAUCAGAGCCCGACGAGAACCCUUUCUCUUUUGACGGACCAGAGAUCAUUUCAUGCACGGGCUCCACGAUCGACUGGACAAAAGGCAAAAACGUCACGUUGAAAACCAUCAAGAAGAAGCAGAAGCACAAGGGCCGCGGCGUUGUCAGGACAGUCACAAAAACGGUCCCCAACGACUCAUUUUUCAAUUUCUUCACCCCACCAGAGGUCCCGGAAAACGGAGAGUUGGACGAAGACUCUGAAGCGGUCCUGGCAGCCGACUUUGAAAUCGGUCACUUCAUCCGCGAACGCAUCGUUCCCCGCGCCGUGUUGUACUUCACGGGAGAGGCCAUAGAAGACGACGACGAUGAUUACGACGAAGAAGGAGAGGAGGCCGAUGACGAGGAAGGUGAAGAGGAAGCCGAUGAAGAAAACGACCCCGACUACGAUCCCAAGGUUUAAGUGGUGACAGUAGAAAAAUAACCCUGUCCCGAAGGACGCGGCCUCCCCAGCUGAGUGCAAGUCUCAGUGAAGUGUGGCCUUGCUGCCUUCAGGAUCCAACUGCACUGUUAACAACGUUUAAGAAAAAAAACAGGGGAAACGUAUAUAUAUAAAAUAUAUAUUACAAAAAAACAACAAACUAGUUACUUGCCGCCUUAUAAUGUUUUUGUAUUUUUCUUGGUAGACAAUUUGAAGGUUUCGAGGUUUUUGUUACAAAAACCCUUAAAAACACGGUAAUAAUACUUUGAGCUGCGUGGCUCGCUAUAUAGUAUUUUACUAGACCUGUUUUUUCUUCUCUACAAUAGGACAUAAAGCAUGUUCUUCACUGCGAAACUAGUUCUUGUCAAGUCGUUUUUGUGGUAUUUGCUCUUAGACAACAGCUGGGAUCGAGACCGGAUCGUUUUCCUCGGUGGGCCGCUAUAUAGCGCUUUCGCUGUAUUCUUCUUACUCCUGUACAACAUUCCAGCAAAUGUGAUCGGGGUCCAUUGGUGAAACACUCAAGGAAUUGAACAAAAACCAGGGUAUGAAAGGGUCCACCGUUUUGUGCCAGCUUUUCUUUCCCCCCCACAAACAGUAGCGCACUAUUUUCUCACUUGCCUCUUCUAUAUCAGUUGCUGGUUACAGAACUGAUUACCACUGUGAACUAAAACGAGGGAACGUGUGACACGGCCGCCAGCCCCGAUAAGGCCAAUGACCCACCACCCUUGACAUAUUCCCACUUUUUGUACCCUUUAAACACAACGGACGCAAUAUUAAAAUGGACAAGAGGCAGUAUUUAAAUUGCUAAAAUGGUUGUUUUUGCCUGGAGAGCAGCUGUUGUCGAGGCAAAUCAUUAUGCUACAAAAAUACUAAUGUUCCCAAUUACUGUAUGUGUAUGUUCAUGAAUAAAUUGCAUAAACAUGUUCAAACUGA